GAUAGCGCGAGCCGGGACAGCUUCUUUCCCACUGCAUGUCUGCGCAACGUUGGCACUGCUCACUACUGCGCGUCCCUCCUGAAAUCGAAUCAUAGGCUACGCGAGGAAGAGAGAGUGCAAGCACCGCCACCAAAUCAAAGAAGCUGUGGCAAGAGAAAGAGAGAGUGCAAGCACCGUCACCAAAUCAAAGAAGCUGUGGGCUAGAGAGAGCGAAACGCCCUAAACCUGAUGCCUUUCUCCUUCACUUCACCGUAUUUCUGUAACUUGUUCGGUAUGUGUGACCACUGGAUACGCUUUUUGUCGUCAUGCAUCACCACGUACAAGAAGAUGCCUCCGCCGGUACCGCCGCGCACCACCCCGCCCAAGCCCUUCAUCUCCAUCACGGCCCAGAGCAGCACCGAUUCGGCCCAGGACGCCUACAUGGACGGGGGGUCAGGCCCCCGGACCCACAUCAGCACCUCCCAGCCCGGCCUGUCCAACUCCAGAGAGAGCAUCGACAGUAUGAAGGCCCUGACGGCAGCUAUCGAGGCAGCUAAUGCCCAGGUCCACGGCCCAGCCAGCCAGCAUGUCACCAACAGCACCAUCACCGCCACCAACAUUGCCUCCACCGACAGCAAGAGAGACACCCUCCGGAAGUGCCUCUCCAUAGGGAUACAGGUGGAUGGACCAGAGGAGGUUGGGGGGACAGAGGAGCACUCCAAAUUCCAAUCAGUAGGCAUCCAGGUGGAAGAGGAGAGAUGUUACCGCAGGAUGACCAGGUCCAACAGUGUGACCACGGCGGUCCAAGCCGACCUAGACGACCCUGACUACUGUCCCGUCGACGCCCCAGAGAUGGUGAUACGCCACUCGGCCACCAUGCCCCGCCAGUACUCCCGGGACGCCGCCACCUCCACCGUCUCCAUCCAGGGCUCGGGCAACCACUACCACGCCCUGACCGUGGAGGAGUACGGCGAGGUGGGUUUGGACCCAUCCAUCCUGCCCCCGCCAGACCCCUGGAUGGACCAGGUGGAGGACCCCAUGGAGGUGGUGGGGGGACGGGGGUUGAUGUGUUCCAGGGACGGGAGGUGGUUCCUUAAGCUUCUUCAGGCCGAGAUGGAGCGCAUGGAGGGCUGGUGCCGGCAGAUGGAGCAGGACGAGAUGGAGAACGAGCUGCCGGAGGAGAUACUGGGGAAGAUCCGCAGUGCAAUAGGGAGUGCCCAGCUGCUUAUGUCUCAGAAGUUCCAGCAGUUUCGGGAGCUGUGUAAGGAGAAUCAGAACCCCAAUUCCCACCCGAGGCCCAGUUCCCAGGACCUAGCAGGCUUCUGGGACAUGCUGCAGCUCUCCGUCGAGAACAUCAGCCUGAAAUUUGAUGAGCUCCACCAACUCAAAGCCAACAACUGGAAACCCCUGGACCCCCCAGAGAUAAAGUGAGCUGGGUUUUGAGAAGUCAGUCUACCUGCCAUGCACCUUGGGGCCUAGCUGACCUCGCUGGCCGUUCUUACCCUACGCACAUGGCCGCCUACCUACAGCCGUGCACUCUCACAAAAUGGCCGCCACAGCCAUCAACCAUAACCUCACUCAAGUGAACCCUGUUGCAUGCUCUCACACCAUGCAAACUCCAACAAAAUGCUGAUGUCAUGCGCUCUCUAACCCCUCACAAAAUGGCUGACAUUGUGCCCCUACUGCCAGAGGCACAGAGGAUGGCCUGUAACUGUAGUUGUUUGUCCUCCCCCGUCCAUCCAGGAGAGAAGGUUUGCCCCUCCAGUGCCAAAGAAGCCCCACAAGGGCCACCCUCCCUUGGCCAGGGACCGUUCUCUGGAGAGCUCCGAGAGACAGCGGCUGGAGGCUCGCAAACGCCUGCUGGCCGCCAAGCGGGCCCUCUCGGUCCGACAGAGCUCGGUCACCGAGAGAGCAGCAGACAGUAUCGAGAUCUACAUCCCAGAGGCCCAGACCAGAUUAUGAGAUACACACACAGACAUAGAUACACACACACACACAGCCAGAGACACACACACAAACCAACACACCUACAAAGGCGCACACACAAACACACACACACACACCGAGUGACACUGUCAAGACACUCAUCUGCACUGAAUGGCGAGGGUAGGGUGCUUGUAAUAUAAUCACAUUUAUCGACUUCCACAAAAACGGUCACAGCAGCCGGUGGAGUGAGAAUAUUGUAUAUUUAUUAACUUUUCCUCUUCUCUCCAUUUGAACCUCUCCUUGAACUUUCAGAUUUUCAUGUAGCUCCCCCCACUCCUUACUCCCAAAGAUGUUUCUUCUUGUGAUGGCAACUCUUCUUACCGAUGUUCCACCAACCAAAAGGCCUGUUGUCACCCAAACAGGUAUACCAGUACCACAGUAAUGAUGCAUAAUGUAUAAUAUUUCUGAUUCAUUGGAACAGAAGGGAGGUUAGGGAGGGAGGGGUAGUGUACUAGUGGGUAUAGACCGAGCGCUGUCAAGGCACACUAGCUAAUCCUGUUGGGUGUCAGACAGCCUGAGACAGUUGCUUGUGUCCCACAUGACACCCUAUUCCUUAAAUAGUCCACUACUUUUGUGCGUUACCUGGUCAAAAGUAGUGCACCACAUAGAAAACAGGGUGCCAUUUGGAAUUCAGGCCAGCCUCUCUCCUCUGGUGACCCUGGGGGAGGCUGUUAUUGUGACUCACAACACAAUGACAGCAGACAAUAGAGAAACCCAGUCUCUACUCCCCUGUUGAAUGCUACUGUCACAGCAUUUCUAACACACACAUGCACACGCACCCACACACACACCUGUUCUCGAGAGAGGUAAUUGACCUAAACCUGUUUGAGUAGUUAGGAGAGAACACCUGAGACAUAUCUAAGGCCUUCUGGAGACACAGUACAAGGCAUCAAGACAUCUAUGUAGCAGCGACCAUUGCAACUGUCAGUUUUAAAUUGAUUUAGGAGUCAAUUCGAUGUGACUUGACUUAGUCAUGCAUUGAUGUCAAUGGGAGACUGAGUACAAAUCUAAGUAUAACUUAGGAUUCGCCUCUUAUUAUUGAAAUCCAGGCAACAGCAGAUCUAUAUCUCUUGGCAUUGAAAUCACACACAAAAAAAAAAAACAUUUUUGUCAAAGAAACAAUGAUUGGUUUUGAUGCAAUGAUUUUAAUCCAACACCUAUGAACACCUAGAUGUUCUAUUGGCGCCACCUACUUUUAUCACUCAUUGUUUUGUUAUUGUAUUUAAAACCGCAAAGCCGAGAAACUUUGUGCAGUAGCUGAAUCAACACAGUCGGAAGGUGUUCAAUGUAGACAAUAAUAUCAAUGUGCAAAAAUGACUUUCAAUUGUAAAAUCAAAACCUUUUAUAAAAUGGGAUUUGGGUAAAAGGAGUAGCGUAGUGAUUGAUAGUAUUUACCAAUAAUCAAUACAGGUCUUUGUAGAGUAACCCCCCAAAAAAACUCAAAACAAGAAAGCCAGUAUGUGUCGGACAAUUACACUAUUCUUCCUGUUUCUCCAAAUGCAGUCUGUCCAGUUGGAGGAACAGUGGCUUGAUUCUGCUGCACUCUAUGUCUGACCUUUAUGGGUUAUAGGUCACAGGGUCACGUCAAUCUGUCUACCCCCAGAUGUGGUAGGAUUCUGGGGGCCGACAGCGCCAAUCCUGCCUGGCAGUCAGGUAUGGAGGUAGGUGGGCUCAUGACAAGCUCUCAGAGAGAGGUCAGUGCUGCGAAAUCAGUGUCUGCCAGAAAAAAAAAGUGCUGAUUUAGUGUGUGUGUGUGUGUGUGUGUGUGUGUGUGUGUGUGUGUGUGUGUGUGUGUGUGUGUGUGUGUGUGUGUGUGUGUGUGUGUGUGUGUGUGUGUGUGUGCGUUUGCAGGUGUAUGUGUGUAUGGGAGGAUAUGUGUGUUAAAGUGUUUCUGAAGUGCUUCCUAUUCUUCAAGGUCCAAACGGGCCUUUCUUUUCACUAUGUACAGUAUGUGUCCCAAGCGGCACCCCGUUGCCUAUAAAAUUCACUACUGUUGACCAGGGCUCAUAGGGCUCUGGUCAAAAGUAAUGCACUAUGUAGGGAAUAGGGUACCAUUUGGGACGCAAGCCUGUGACUAACGUAGCAGAAGCAACAUACUGUUAGUACUCUCCUAAACAGGCCCUGCCUAUCAUUUUCAACGGAGCGAUAUAUGCCUGUACAAAGACAUUAACUGAAGAACAUAUUGCUACAUUGUACGCAUGCUGCCACGAGCUAAUUGAUAUGUUGUCAUCUCCUUCUUGUAGUUUUUUUACUUAUUUUAUUCUGUUUAUCAUAUUGUGCUGAGAAUAUCAUUUGUCCCUAAGGAGAAAAAAAAAUUGCCUAAUACUGAUGUUCCUUUACUUUAAGGCACCCUUUAUGAAGGAUACCUUAAUGCAGUGUUUCCGUCGUUGUACAUGACAAGGUAUUUUGUUAUUCUAUCAAAAAAGGGACAGUGGGAGUUAUUUUCUUCUUACAUCUAUGUACUGUCUCAGCAUCCAAGCUGACCUGCAACCAUUUGAAAGUAAUAGGAAAAUAAUAUAGUGUUUUAAGUUGAAUGGUGUUUUAUAUCCACUAUUUAUGUAUUCAUCCUCAGAAAAAGAUUAUUACUGUUUAUUAUUAAUAUUAUUAUUAUGCACUGAUAAGGCCCUUAUGCUGUGUUUAUUGAUUAUUAUGAUUCUCUUUUUUGCUCUAUGAAAUGAAAGACACCUUUUAUUCUGUUUCAGUAAUCAGCCUUAAUUUAUAAUGUGAUAGUCGAGCACAAAUCAGCCUCAGGGGAAGAAAAAUACAUUGUGUGUGUGUAUGUAUGUGUGUGUGGGGGGGGAGUGUGUGUGUGGAACCCAUGAAAAGGCUUUGUCUCAUACGGUAAAUAUACCCAGUCAACAGGGGGUGCGUCCCAAAUGGCACCCUAUUCCCUACAUAGUGCACUACUUUGUAUGGAAUAGGGUGCCAUUGGGGAUGCCUGCCUGAACAUUACAGGUCUGUGGUUUAACGGUUUAGAUCAACUUCUCGUGAUUGAUUCCUUCGUCAAAAGACAGUUGCUACGUCUUCUCUGCAACUCCAAUCAGUUUGCAUUUUCUUCAUAUGAAGUCAGCUACUCGUAUGGGUGAGACAAUCUUGAACACAUGGUCUUGGUUAUAAACGUUUAAGGUGUGUGGGUGUUAUUAAGCUAUAUUGAAACUGGUUUGACAUAGUUAGCGUUUUGUGAAAUUGGGUAACUGUUACUAACAAGGACAAAAUUCCUGCGAUCCACAUCUAUGAGAAACAUGUUCAUGACUGAAGUUCAGAGAAAAGUCCAAUUUGAUUGUGAUGGAGCGCAUGUGAUGAAGUAACUCUGCUGUAUGAUAUUUUUUAUUUUUAGUAACAAUGUAUUUUAGAGAGAAUAUUCAAAAGGUAACAAGAGUAUGUACCUUUUUGCCCAUUAGGUUUUAAGGUAAUUUAAUAUAAAUCGUGAUGCUCUUUAUAUUUUUAUUUCACCUUUUUAUUAUAAUCAAUUCAAAUGUCAGUCAAAUGAUGACGUUAUUUACGGUUAUUAUAGUAACAUAUCAAAACCCUGACAUUGCAGGGUGAUUACAGGAGGUGGUAAAGAAUGUUGGAUUGUGGGAAAUGCCAAACUCAAGACUUUAACCAAUCCUGGAGGAUGCUUGUGAUGUAGUCCAUGUAUAGGCAUAAAACCAUUCAAAUUAACAUUUGUAAAUAAAUGAAUGUUUCCCUAUGUAAAUGUAAAAACAAUCCAAAAACAUAUUAGGCAGAUAUACAUUUUGUAAUUAAUGUUAUUACACUGUUGAUGUUAUGGCAUGUGUACGGAACUAGAUCAGCAUUAAAAACCUUGCCAUCAUCAUACGCUAA